AUGUCAUCUUCUCCCUGUAAGCAGCAGCGUUUUGGGCAAGCUGAGGUUCGUGCGAUUUCAGUGGUGCUGCGGAGCCAAGCAGUAACCUAUAUCUGCAUCUUACUCUGCCAGGGGCUGCAGUACAUCUCUGAGGGUGUCUGCCACAUAAACAAUGAUCACUUUGGCUUUCCCUACGGGACCGCCGACAUCAUGUGUCCCCUCCCUUUGGGCUGCCAGACACCAUCUCAUAUAGCUGUGGCCACUGUUGUACCCAAAGAUGAAGAUAAACUUGAUUUUCUGGAAAUUCAAAACCAAAAUCCCAAGAGUGAUUCCUUUCCUUAUAACUUUACUGUCUGUCUCUCCACCAUGUUUGAUUUCACCAACGUGCUUCAGCUGGUACAGAGUUUAGAAAUGUUUCAGUUACUGGGAGUCGACAAGGUGGUCGUCUAUAAGACCAACUGCAGCGCUGAGACGCAGCUUAUACUGGACUACUACACACACAAAGGUUUACUGGAAGUGAUUCCUUGGUCUCUAUCCAGGUUUUUAAAAGUGUCUCGCAACUGGUCUCCUGAACACGGUCCUGGUGAACUUCACUACUUCGGCCAGAUUCCUGCUCUCACUGACUGCCUUUACAGAUACAUGUACCGGUCUAAAUAUGUGGCCAUGCAGGACAUUGAUGAGCUCAUUCUGCCUCAAUCAGUCAACAGCUGGUUGGAGCUGUUACCACUGCUGGAGACAAAGUACGGCCUCGACAAGUGUUACGAGUUUGAGAAUAACGAGUUUCCCAAACACAUCUCACUGCCUCCUCCCUCCCCACAAACACUGCCUCCACAAGGCUGCUGGGAAAACAUACCCGGGGUGAACAUCCUGGCUCAUCUGUACCAGGAGCCCGCCAGUCCUCAGAGUUGGUUUGAAAACUACAAGUACAUCGUCAGUCCCCGAGCUGUGUUCACCCCGACCGUUCACAGAGUGCUAAGCCCAGAGGGCAUCUGUACUGUGGUUGAUAGGAACAUUGCACGGCUGUACCACACAAGAGUCCAGUCAGCAGUAGGGCUGACACCAGACCAGCUGAUUUAUGAUGGCCGACUACUGAGUUACAGCGCACCCCUUGUACCAGCUGUUAAUACAGUGCUGAAAGAAAGUGGAAUUCUACCAAAGAACAGCAUAUGCUAGGCUUUAUGUGUGUUUACACAAGUGUACUUCAACAAUUAUUAGUCUUUGUUCUCGUGGAUUUUCUUGUUUCUUGUUUUUAUUUUUUUUAUUUUUAUUGUUUUAUCAUUUUACUGCUAUUGUUUCUGUUUUUUCUUUGCAUUUUAUGUUACUUUUACGUUUAUAUCUUCUAUGUUGUGUAUCAUGGUGUAGCCCAUGCCUUCUCGUGAGUAUUUAAACCAAAGAGUGUCCAGAUGUCUUUAUAGAGCAGGUAGCAUGGCAUGUACAAUCUGUAGGUACUUUGAAGGGGUAUUCCUAUUGAUGAAACAAAUGACUUUUUUGAAGGAUUUAUAUGUGGGCAUUUUGAAUAUUUUAUACUCUUGACUGUAAUGAUAGUUGUACU